UUAAGGAUUCGGAAUACACAAGGGAACACAGUGUUGCACGAGUUUGUAAUGUCAUGUGAUCGGUCUUUGGAAAGCUCGAAUUACUCCAAUUUUAGCCUUUUAAUCCAGGAAGAUCCCAAUGUAUGUUACUUUCUCAACAAUGAAGGGAAAUCUCCAUUGUAUAUAGCAGCUGAGGCUGGGAGACAAAUCUAUGUCAAAGACAUGCUUGAAAUUGGCAAGAAUCAAGGAUGCCAUCAAGACUUGCUUAAAGGAAUGUCUCCCCUCUUACCUGCUACGAAGUAUAAGGAUACGAAAUAAAGCUUUAAUUGCCAUAAUACUUCAAAUUGAGCCGGCAUUCAUCAACUUAAGAGACGAAGACGGAAAAACACCACUUGAUCAUGCAACUUCAGUAGGAAACAUUGAUAUACUUCAAUACUUACUUGAAAAAGAUGUUGAGUGUGCCCUGAAAAGGGACAAAAACGGCUUCUUUCCCAUUCAUACGGCUGCUGCUCAUGGUCACGUACAAGCAAUCAGGAUGCUGCUCGGGCAUUGCCCUGAUCCAGAAGAAAUGCUGACUUAUACUGGUCAGAAUAUCCUACAUGUUGCAGCUGCUUGUGGGAAAAUUAAUGUUUUCAGAUAUAUUCAAAACACAUUUGGUUGUCUAAUGAAUGAGAAAGAUAUGAAUGGAAAUACGCCAUUGCAUAUGGCUACUAUGAAUUGGCACCCUAAAGUUGUGAGCGAUAUGACUUGGGAUAAGAGGGUGGAUUUGAGUGUUGUAAAUAACAACGGUUUAACAGCUCUUGAUGUAGCAGAGUUUAACAUGGGGGAAUCACAUUCCUAUGAUAAGCGGUUAACAUGGAUAGCACUGGAAGCAGCCGGGGCACCUAGAGCUCCAAAGAAAGAGGCUCUGAAACCAUCCCGUACUGAACAAAAACCAGAAACUAACAUAUCUGCAGACACAGAUCGGUACAGGGACAGAGUAAAUACCCUCCUAGUGGUUGCAACUCUUGUAGCAACUGUAACUUUUGCAGCUGGUUUUACAAUGCCAGGAGGGAAUAACGACUCUGAUCCAAACCAGUGUAUGGCAACUAUGUUACAAAACAAAGCUUUCCAUGUAUUCAUUAUCUGUGAUACAAUAGCUAUGUUGUGCUCUAUCUUGGUCGUUAUCAGCUUGAUUUGGGCGCAACUAGGUGACCUUAAGUUAGUCUUAAUGGCUCUUAGACUCGCGAUCCCUUUGCUUGGCGUAGGUCUCAUAAUGAUGUCACUGGCUUUCAUGGCAGGAGUAUAUGUAGUGGUAACUCAACUCAAUUGGUUAGCAUAUGCUGUGUUGUUCAUGGGUUUCGUCUUUCUUGUUGCCAUUAUACUACUUCUCUUGCCACUUUGCCUCCCACUUUAUUCUCAGAACUGCUUUUUUCGUCGUAUCACUUACUACCCCUUUUAUCUCUUCAUACUACUAACUGUAACAAGUGGAGACAAUAAGAUUGCAGGGUAAGUUUCAAGUUUCAACUACAUCACUGCUUGCUUUCCAUCUUUUCAUCGGUGUACCAAAUGUUGCCUUUUUCCAUCUCCUGUAAUAUUUCAGCUUGUAAUUUCUUUUUGUCAUUUCGAUUUUAUUGAAUUUGUUAGUUGCUAUGUAACUUUUCUAUUGAAAUGCUUAGAAACAAUUCCGAUCAUCAUUUUGUUGCAGUUAGUAUAUAUGCUGGUUAAGUGUAAUCAUAUCUUCUCGCUUCUUGGCAAAUAAAGUAUCUGUUAUAACUGAUGCAAAAAAAAAAAAAAAAAACGUAAUAAAGAACGCAGAGGGGAGGAAAAUUUUACUGAUCUUGAGGAUUACAUAUUACAUAUUACAGAAUACAACUAGGUUAUGACCCAGAGAGUUUAUAUAGUACUCUCUAGACAGAUGCGGAAAAGCCCAGAAAAUAGAUCCAAAACAGAUAACCCUAGUCCAGAAUAACAGAUACCAUAAAGGGGCUUGUAAGGGGCUUGGCCGAUUCAAGGCAUUAUCUAACAAAUCUCCACCUUGACUUGAAUCCUCUCACAAAUAACAGAUGUACCAGAUGCACCAUUAUAAUGCCAGAUGUACCAGAAACUCCUCUGCCUCAUAUUUUGCCCUCAAAAGGGCAAUCAACAACUCCUAACAUUUAGCAAGUUCAAACAAUGUUGAAACUUGCUAUGUGGAACCAGCUUGGUGAACAUAUCAGCUGGGUUAUCAGCAGUACCCACUUACUCGAGUCUGCAGUAUCUCUAAUGUACUCAAUCUAUAACCUUACUC